AGAAAACACACCAUCCGACGCAACUUCCCAGUGCUGGGGAACGUGCGAUAUAUAUUCGAGACCAUCCGACCGGAAAUCCGCCAGUACUUCAUUGAGAGUGACAGCGAGUCAGUGCCCUUCAGUCGACAAGCACGCUCUAUUGUCUACCAACGCUCCAAGAACGUUAGUGAUACCCUGCCCUUCGGAACGGUACGUACUCUACGCACGGAUAGAUAUACGUAUAUGCAAGUAUAG